CUGUUCAUAGUCUUUUCUUUUUGUUUUCUCACUGUCAUACUGAUUGUCAUCCAUCCAUCUUCAAGACCACUUCAGUCGCUCUCCAAAUCAAUCAGCCUUCACCAGAAAAUUCCAGGCUUGCAAAGCCCACCCCCAAGUCAUCGACAUGCGCGCCUCAGCAUCGUCCUCGACCUCACUGCCAUCACCCUCGCCUCCGGGGCCGUCAUCCCCAUGGACGCUGCAACCACUGUUGAGGCCGCGGUCGAGACCAUCGUCGAGACUGCAUCUUGUAUCGAGGGCACCAUCACCAACGCCGAUGGAAUCUCCUACACCUUCCUCGUCCACUUCGUACUCAAGCGCUCCAUUGGUCAACGUGGCACAUGUCUCAGCCCCAACAAAAGUAGGCGUUUCGGCUACUCCUACAGGACUUUGGACACGUGCGACGACACCAUCAAGUCAACAAGAUCAGCGUCGCCUCCCCUACAGGGAGACGAUGACUAUUUCUCGGCCAGCGUUACUGAAGCGAGAUGCGAUCCAUGGUGUAGGCUCGUUAUCAUGUGUUCAUGCGUAUUCGGUAUCGAGGCCACAAAUGUUCAAGGCACCGAGGUCGGUAAUAGCGAUAUCGCAGAUCUGGUCAACCUCCCCAUCAACACGUACCAGUUGGGCAGCAGGAUUGGUGCUGAGGGAGUAACAAGUAGCGCCAGCUGGGGGGCCAAGGACCCAGUGGGCUAUUUCCUGCCUCCUGGAUGCGCCUACAGCGCGAGGGUUUGA